CACCUGGAAUGACUGUGGUUGUCAAUACACUAAGUCAUUCAUCUGCUAUGCAGUAAAAAGAAAGUUCCAUGCAGUGAACAUCAGUAUGUCUUGGCUCUCAGCUCUUGAGUACUGCAAUUCCCAUUACAGUGGCAUGGCCACCAUCCGAAACGAAAUAGAAGAGUGGCAUUUGCUGCAGUACCUCAAUGAAACCAACAUACAGGAGAAAGUGUGGAUUGGGAUGAGGAGCUCCAGGGUCUUUGGAUUCUGGUUCUGGAUGAACGAUGACCCGGUCACUUAUGAAAACUGGGUAAAUGACUCCUCAGUGACCCUUCAAGAUAACAGGCACUGUGCCAUCCUGGAUCCAAAUCAGAAGAAGUGGGUCAAGCAGGACUGUGCACAGCCAGCCCUGUUUGUCUGCUACAGAGUGCACUGACCUUGUGUGGCAGCCAUCAUGGAAAUUCUGCUGUACCUGUGGUUCUCCUUCACAUCUACAGUGAAUAAAUGAAUCAAAGAGCUAAUUAACAACUGAAGUCUCCUCAUGUGGUGUCUAUUCUAUAUUCAGGAAUUAGAAGCAUUAAGACCUAAAUGUUGAAUUAACGCCAAAUAGACUGAAACAUCCAACAAACCUCCCCUGCUAAUUUCACUCUCCACUGGCUUCCCUUCUCUCCUGGUGCAAUAUAUUCAUGAAAGUUACAUUUUGUUCUCGAAAUUCAUUCACCU